CAAUGUGAGUCAAUCGCGGUCAACACCACUAACAUGAUUCUAUAGCUUUCUGUUUGUCAUGAAUAUUUCACCACUUGUCGCAAUAUUCCAUCGUUGGAGAAAGGUUUAAACACCCCAAUUAAAUUCAUCAUGAAAACAGAAGUUGGUGUUCUUGCCUAACAAAUUGAUCCUCUAAUCGUCAAGUAAACCCUCAAAGUUCUGUUCUUUUUGGAGAAGAUUGUUGGUUUAAUAUUUCAAUACAUGUUUUUGUCCGCAAAGUUACUAAUUUUGCUUUGAAGAUUGGAGCCCUAGUAUCAGAAAUUUGUCAGAAUGGAGGUUCCGCUGGUUACAAAAGAGAUUGAUAAUGAAGAUAAGUUAUUGAAAAGUCUGCUUGAUACUUUUGGCUCUGCAUUUUCUCUUGAGGAGAUUGCUUCUGCUUUUUGCAAGGCAGGCCGAGAUGCUACCCUGGCUGGUGAUAUUCUGCGUGGGAUGCAGACAAGCCUAUCUGCCGAUGCAAACCAUGUAUAUAAAGGAUUGAGAAAUUGUGAAACUUCUUCAAAAGUUCUUAAUUAUAAUGACUCAGACAAGUCACGUUAUACAAAUAGGAACAACUCUUUAGCGUCAAAGUUGAAUAGAAAUCCUGCUUCAGUGGGUACCAAUUCAAAUAUUGUUGGGAAAGAUUAUGUUUGGCGCAUUGCUGGAUCAAAUAAAAUUCCUGACGAGAAAACGCCUGUUAAAGUAAAGGCGGCUUCGGUGGCUACAGUUUCAAAUGUUCGUGAGAAAAAUUGUGUUUGGCGCAUUGCCGGAUCAAAUGGAACUCAAACUGGGACAAAGCCUUUGAAAGUAGAGGCAAAGAGUUUUGCAAUACCUGUUAAUAUUUCUAAUGAACCCUUACUUUCAAGGGAUAUCCAUUCGAGUUCUUCUGAAAGAUCCUCAUCAUCAAGUGAUGUCAGUUUGAAUGAUGACAUUGAGAAUUUUUUGUUUGAAAUGCUUGGACGCGGAUCUCAACUGGAAAGAAGUGCUAUUCGAGAAGUUUUAGGUCAUUGUGGAUAUGACAUGAAGAAGAGCAUGGAGACAUUGUUAGAUCUUAUGGCUGUAACUCUCGACAGAAGAAAUACGAUGUCUGAGGGAAGUAAUCUGCAUUCCAAUUCACAAAGUCUUUCAUCUGAGAACCAAGUGCAAAAUCAAAAGUCUGCUGGAAGCAAUGGGAGAACCACGAGAACCAAUUCAAUCCCAUCAAGGCAAACCAGUGAGAGAUAUGAACGAGCAGACUUGUAUGUCAGUUCUCCUGUACUGGAAGUACUGGAAUCAGCUACAAGAUCUAGGGCAACCAGGGCAGUGGUUCCUGAGCCUCUGAAGGACGUUUCUGAGGACAGUGUUAUGACCACAAGUCCUAACCUUGACAACAUGAAAGAUGAUGCUGAAGAAGGUAGCUACCAUAUCCUUCGCAAAGCUGUAAAAGAACACCGCGAGACAAUGAAGGAAUAUUAUAAAGCUGCUGCAGAAGCUUUUGCAAGGGGUGAUUGUGGUCGAGCAACCGUACUUCGGGAAAAGGGACAGUUCUUUUACAAUAAGGCACGUGAAGCUGACGAAGAAUCCGCCACAAAAAUAUUUGAGACCAGUGAUAGUAGUGGGGAUGGCGAGAUACCACAGGAAAUGUCUCUUGACUUGCAAGAUCACGAUCCUAAAGAGGCAAUACGUCUUGUAAAACUUCAGCUUCGUACACUCUCUGGCAUACCAUUUGUCCGUGAUCUGAAAAUAUUUGUUGGGAAUGUUGAUCAAGAUGUUGAAAAGCGCAAGCGACUGAUAUUAAAGCUAUUGCAGAAGGAAGCCAUUAAAUGGAUUGAAGAUGAGACUUGCGGUACCAUACUAAUACGCUUAGACGAAAUCAAUCCCGAAAGCCUUAGCUUUGGUAGAAAAUAAUGGGCGAAAUCAAUACAUCGUUUUUUAUUCAUGGAAUUCAACCAAAUGCCUUUAUGUCUUGUGUUUUAUUCUCGUUUACGAAGAACCCAAAGAUGGUUCUUCUUGAAGGUUGUGAUUUUUUUUGGUGGAAGGCUCUGUACAGAUCGAUACUUAUUAGCUUUCACGAGGUUUUAUACGUCCAAUUUGCUUCAAAGAAAUACUGAUAUCUUGAAUUGCACUCUGUAAGUAAAUGGCAUGAGAAGUGCCCAAAGUUUGAGUAUAAGAGUUGUAAUAGAUGAAAUAGGAUUUGUUGUUUGUAUAUCUUAAGCUUCUCAUGUAAUGAAAGAAGUUAACACAUUAA